CGGCACGGCAGUGACAGCGGGACUGCGUUCCCGCCAAGAAAGACCCGAAAGGUAAAUAGGGUAAAGCAAUACUCAGAGGAGAAGCUUUGUUAUGUAGGCAGUGAGGCCAGUGGUUUUGUGUUGUUAACAACAACCAAAAAUAAAGUGUGCUGUGACUCUGGGUGUGCUGAAAGUGCGGGCGCGAAUGGAAUGUCCCGCGAGCGGAGGCGGCGCCGAGAGGAAGCAGCUGCAGCUGGUCCCCAUGCUGCCUGGCCAGGGUUUGAUCCUAUGAUGGAGGAAGACAUGGACUGACCCAGGAAACUGAAGCUGGUUGGAUUCAUGAGGGACGUAUAAGGGUAGCUGUGGGUUGUAACCAACACCUCUUUGAUUAUGGCGUGACUAGUUUUGCACUCAGUAGACUAGGGAUUGUGACUGGACUUGUGAAUGGACACUUGUCCACAUGAAUGAGAGCCACAAUAGCUUCCUAACCAUUAUAUAGACCCUGUUUUCAAUUAAAGUCAUCGAGCCAGGUACUUCUCCAUCAGUGCUUAACAUUUGAGGCAUUCUUGAUUCUUAUUUUCAUAAAUCAAGCUCUGGAAAGUUAAAAAAAAAAACCUGAAUGAAAUAGUGUGUCAUGGUGUAAAGAAAACCGUACAGAUGUUACCCUGUGGUGGAUUCUCUUAAUUUUUAUUGUGGUAUAAAUGGAACAGCAGUUGUUCACAGGUACUAAGUGGGCUGUGGGCCAGUACCACUAAAGCUUUCAGUUCCAACCAAAUUAGUUGACUUUUGGUUACUUUUUUUUUCCUAUUAAAAUUUCAUUAUAAGAAAUGCACUGUGAAUUCACCAAAGACUAGUGCCACGCUCGUAAAAAAUCAUUUUUGCCAUGUUAGAAGACGCGUUUUGGGAAGAAGACAUCUGGGAAUAUAAAUCUAAAAGAAAACCCAAACCAGUACAUCCAAAUAGUUGUUCUGAAAAUAUUUCAGAAUCUGUUGAAAAAGCAACAGAUGGAAAAUACCAGUCCAAAGGAAAAGGAAACAAAAAGAGAACUUCAGAAAAUCCUGGCGAGACAAAGGACCAUCCAGUGUGCCUUGCAGAAACAAACAGUCAGAUUUCUGCAGGAUCCAGCCAGAAUUCAAGCUGUAGAGACGACAUUCAGCAGUCUCAGAGCAAAGAGACAACACCAAAAAAGCAAUGUAGAACAAACAGAGGCAAGCAGGCGACCCCAAAGGUGCGCCCGCUUUAUGAUGGACACUGCCCUAGCUGCCAGAUGCCCUUCUCCUCAUUACUAGGUCAGACACCCCGGUGGCAUGUUUUUGAGUGUUUGGAUUCUCCACCCAUCUCGGACACAGAGUGCCCUGACGGCGUGCUGUGUAGCUCCACAAUUCCUUCCCACUAUAAGAAAUACACUCACGUCCUGCUUGCUCAAAGUCGAGAUAGCAAGGAGCCCCUCAGCCCCUCGCAGGCGUUGGCUGGGCGCUUCGCUGCAGCACAGCCAGAUUCUUGUAACCUUGAGGAAAGGCGGUCUGUGCUUCUGAAAACUGAGGACUCAAGAAAAGUGUUAGAAGAUUCUUUGUUGAUGAUACAGUGUCUAAAAACAUCCCAGCCUCCAGCUGAAACCAACAGGAAGAGUGCCUCUUCUCCACGUUCCCAAAAGUCACUGGUUCCACAGCGUGCAGAGUUUGUUAAGAGAGACCAGCUGGUGGGAAGCGGAUCUCCCCUUGCUGAGGUUGCCUUCAACUGCCAAAGCGAGUCAGGGAGUACUGGUUUGCCAUUGCCAGAAAAUGGCUGCGGCGACUUCGAGAUCUCUUACUCUCCGCUGCACAGUGACGAGGAGACUUACAACUGCGACCAAGAGCUGGACGACUCACAGCAGGAGCUGUUUUUCACCCAAAGCUCUAAAGACAGCAGCCUAGAAGAUGUCUCUGCCACGUUCGAAAACCUUCAUGGUCCCUUCCCAGAGGAAGCAGAGGGGAUCCAGCCCACAGCGAAGACCCUGGCCGCUCAGGCUGGGUGUAGUGCGCUGAGUAGAGGCAGUACAGGAAAUGACUCUUUCCAGCUCAUCUCCCGCACCUCGGGUCGGCUUUCCGGAGAGGACCCAUCAGAUACAGAUGCCGCCUUCCUCUUGCUUUCACCUGCGCCGUCGGCAGUGGGAGGCGCUACUCCUAAUUGCCAGACCACCAAGGCAAAGCCAGAAAAAUUCCACUCACUUGCAUCACGUCAUCAGCAACAGAAAACUGAAACGUCGGCCGCCGGCAGUCAUACCUCGCUGCCACUACUUCUAAGUGCCAUGUCAAAGCCACUUGAAAAGGAGGGAGGCGAGCGUCUGCCUUUGCAUCCAACCCAAAGUCAGAGGAGAGGAUUAUGGAGUAAGGGCUCGGGUGCUCCAGGCGCUAACUGUGCCUGCUCGAACACACAGAGGCCCUCUAGCGCGCCCCUUAACAAGUCAUUGAGCACAGCGCCUUCCAGCCCCAAGGGCAGUGCAAGCCAACCUUCUAAGAAAGUAAUGAAGCAAAUGGACAUAGGUGUGUUUUUUGGACUGCCACCCAAAACACAAGACACAUCACCAAGGGAAAGAGCGUCAGAAGGGCCAAAGGCCAGUCCAGUUGUGAGUCCCAGUGAAAAGAGGCCCCGGUUGUGCAAGAGGAAAGCGCAGAGCUCCCUAAGUGACUUAGAAUUUGAUGCAAAGAAUUUAAAUGAGAGCCAGCACUCUAUGGAACUGUCUGGAGAGAGGGCCCAACAUCGAAGAAAGAGACAUAAAAAGUCCAAUUCACCACAGGAAGGAACAUACCAGGGAAGGUCAGGUCACCUCACUAACAAUCCAGAGUUGGGGGCAGUCAGCUUGAGGAGAAGCAAAGCCUUUGCAAGACGGACUCCCAGCAGGACGCAGAGAGGGGCCGUGAACAUUUCCGAGUCCUCUGGUGGAGGGGAAUCGAGGAGAACAUGUCCGUUCUAUAAGAGAAUCCCCGGGACUGGCUUCACCGUGGAUGCUUUUCAGUAUGGCGAGAUCGAAGGCUGCACUGCCUACUUCCUUACACAUUUCCACUCUGAUCAUUAUGCUGGGUUGUCGAAGGACUUCACACGGCCGAUCUAUUGUAGCGAGAUCACUGGCAGUCUGUUGAAGAAGAAGCUUCGUGUGCAGGAACAAUACAUACAUCAGUUGCCGAUGGACACCGAAUGUAUAGUGGACGGUGUGAAGGUUGUUUUGCUGGAUGCCAAUCAUUGACUGGCAACACUUUAUAUUUUAAAAAAAGAACACUUUGUUACUGGUCUUCAAAGAUGAAGUUUUCCAAUUUCCUUAACUUAGGUAAAGUAAAAUCUUAUAUUCUAUUUGGAUACCAGAGGAUUGGCCUGCUGCUCCCACCCUACUUUUAAACUUAAAAAAAAAUAAAUCAUUUAAUUUUAGACUCUAAAGAUUUGGAAGAUUUCUUUUUCCAUUGGUAUGGAUAGCAUUCUCUCUCUCUCUCUCUCUCUCUCUCUCUCUCUCUCUCUCUCUGUAUGUAUGUAUGUAUGUAUGUAUAUAUGUAUGUGUGUCUCUCUGUCUCUAUCUCUGUCUCUCUCUGUCUUUAUCUCUAUCUCUCUGUCUUUAUUUGUCUCUCUGUCUUCCUCGCUCUGUCUAUCUGUCUCUCUCUGUGUCUUUUUGUGUCUGUCCUUCUGUCGUUCUCUCUGUCUCUCUGUCAUUCUCUCUGUCUCUCUGUCUCUGUCUUUCUUGCCCCCUUCUCUACCCACCUCCUUCGUUUUCUUCUUCUUCCCUCUCCCUCUCCAUCCCUUUCCCAUCUGCAUCUCUACCCCGCACUGUAUGGAGCUAUCAAGAUUCAUGUUGCCCAAACACAGCAACCCACUAGGCUUCUUUCUGGGAUGUGAGCCUGUUCUAUAGAGACCAUAAACAUCUUGGAAAAGAACUAAGGCAAAAUCUAGAUUUGCUGAAGUCCAGGCCAAUAUUCUCAUGUUAAGAGUCUUUAAAAAGGGGGUUGGGGAUUUAGCUCAGUGGUAGAGCGCUUGCCUAGCAAGCGCAAGGCCCUGGGUUCGGUCCCCAGCUCCGAAAAAAAGAAAAAAAAAAAAAAAAGAGUCUUUAAAAAGAAAAAAAAAAUGUCUUCCAGCCUUGCUGAUACUUCUUUUUUUUUUUUUUUUUGAUCGCCAGUUUGAGUUCUGAUGUUUUUUAGAGUUGUCCUUACUGCAAUGUUUACCACAGAUCACACAGUUCACAUAAACUAUUCGAUCAAGCUAGGGUCUCAGCCAACUCUGAUCAGACAGAAGUUGUCCUAAGGGCUUAGAAGCCAGGCCAGCCUAUCCUGAAGACGGUACCGUCUUGUAAAUGUGCACCCUGUAGAUGUGAGCUACCUUCCCUGCACACGGGGCCGCCGUUGGAGGCCAUUCUCCUGUUGAUGAUGAGAGAUGUGCUUUGUCUGUUCCCUGCAUGUGCCUCUAAAAUGUUUGUACCCAGCUGUCCAGGUGCUACCAUGAUCCUUUUCCAGCUUCCUAACGGUGCCGUCACACUGCACACUGGAGACUUCCGAGCAGACCCCAGCAUGGAACGCUCUCUCCUUGCCAGCCGCAAAGUCCACACACUGUUCCUAGACACCAC